AUGAAUAAUUCAAUAACUCAUUCAAAUAUAGCUCGACCUAUACCUUUAAAUCCUCAAUCAAUAACAGAUGUUAAAAUUGAUAAACAACCAACAUCAUGGUCAUCAUUAGAUCGCUUACAUACAGAAGCAAUGAUUCGUUAUAAAGCAUUACAAAUUUUACAGGCACAAUUUUCUCUUAUACCACCACCACCCCUGCCUCCACCAAUUCAUUCUCAUGCUCUUGCUGCAAUACUUUCGUCAUCCAGUUCUUCAUCGAAUUCAUUAAAUUCAAGUUCAAAUUCCUCAUCAUCAUUACCAUCUAUUCCUUUACGUAAAGAAUCAUCUGAUAAAUGGUGGAGUGUUAAUGAACAGUCAUCAAGUUUAUUUGGUUCUGUAACACGACGAUGUAAACGUUGUCGUUGUCCUAAUUGUAUUAAUCAACCAUCAACAAUAUUAACUGAUUCAUCAACAUCCAAACGUCAACAUAUAUGUCAUAUAUGUAAAAAAAUUUAUGGUAAAACAUCACACUUAAAAGCACAUCUACGUUGGCAUGCUGGUGAACGUCCAUUUCGUUGUACUUGGCUUUUUUGUGGUAAAGCAUUUACACGUUCAGAUGAAUUACAACGUCAUUUACGUACACAUACUGGUGAAAAACGUUUUGCUUGUCCAAAAUGUGGAAAACGUUUUAUGCGUUCUGAUCAUUUAUCGAAACAUUCAAAAACUCAUGAAAUAUCAUCAUCAACAAUAACAAUUGAUCAUCCACCAAUAGAACUUAUGGAAACAACUAUAGGAACUAGUAGCAUCAGUAGUGAUGAAAUAUCAUCACAUGAAGAAGAAGAUGAUGAUGGAGAAGAUGAGAUUAUUGAUGUGCAAUAUUGA